AUGAUGAAGUCCCGUCUCUUAACUGCUGAGUUCUUUUUAAAAGCUAUUUUGAUUGGAUUUUUAAUAUCUAAUUGCGUGUGUGCUUCUUCUAACUUUGAUUGUACUCAAUACUUCUCAAGUUCUCUUAAUUGUUAAGAUAAAAUUACUAAUUUUGACAGAUAAUUAAUUAACAAUGUUAUUGGAAAUUCCCCUAUCCUUUUAAAGAACAAGCUUGAAUGGGCUUCCAAGGCCUCUUCUCGCUAUUUCAAGUGCGAAAAAGAGGCUGUCCAUAUGUGUUUGAGCCUUUCAGUUGAUACUGACAAUCUACAAAUGGCAUCAUAGGAAUGCAGAGAAAACAUUACCCAAGACGAUGCUAAGAAUAUCUUCUAGCUAUAAUAAGCCGUUUUUACAAACACUUUCAAAACUGAUCAAGAGCUGAUAGAGAGAUUAAAUUAGUUAGAAGCACCUCAAUCAAGCUACUUUAGCUGUCUUGUUAGCAAUAUUUCCUUUUAAUUAAAAUCCAAAUCAAAUCAAAAGCUUAAUCAGUAUUGA